UUUAGACCCGUUCAUGAUUCACCUGAGGAAGCAGGUUCCUUGAAAUGCUCAUCUUCCCUUCUCCACUUCCAUUUCCAUCAGAUCUGCGUCUGGCAAUGGUUCGGUCUUCAUAGAUCUCAUUAUUUUUGCAUUAAUCAGGUAGUUAACAAAGAUGUAUAUGGCUUACGGAUGGCCUCAGGUCAUCCCUCUUGAAGUUGGCCUCUGUCCAGCUUCCGAGCAUAUCGUCUAUCUCAAAAUCAUCAAUCGCUUGUUGCUAGUUGUGGCUCCCACUCACCUCGAACUAUGGAGCUGUUUUCAGCAUAAGGUGAGGUUAGGGAAGUACAAGAGAGAUUCGGAUUCAAUUCAAAGGGAGGGGGAGAACUCGCAGGCGGUGUGGAGCCCCGACGCGAAAUUGAUCGCUGUUCUUACUUCUUCAUUUUUUCUUCACAUUUUUAAGGUCCAGAAUUCAGAAAAAAGACUACAACUUGGAGGAAAGCAACCAUCGGGUUUAUUUCUUGCUAACAUUUCUCUACUUCUUAGUGAGGAGGUACCCUUUUCAGAUAAAAACUUAACCAUGAGCAAUAUUGUAUGUGACAAUAAACACAUACUGCUUGGACUUUCAAAUGGGUCUUUACAUCUUAUAUCCUGGAAGGGGGAGUUUUGUGGGGCCUUUCGACUCCAUUCCCAUCCACUUCCUUGCAAUCCAGUUACAGAACCAGUGCAUUCUCUGGAAAAUGGUCCUUGUUCUGAAGGGGCAUUGGUAGCUUUGACAUCUAAUCAUAAUUCUACCAGCAGUUCUGCUGUUAUUCAGCUGGAUCUUGCCUUGUCAUUGAGGUUACUAGUUGUGCUAUAUUCUGAUGGGCAAGUUGCUUUAUGUUCUAUGAGUAAGAAAGGUUUGAAGCAAGCUGAAUCCAUUGAAGCUGAAACGUGGUUGGGUUCGGGAGAUGCUGUCUGCGUCUCAGUAGCAUCAGAUCAACAAAUCCUUGCCAUUGGUACCAGAAGAGGUGUUGUUGAGUUAUAUGACCUGGCAGAACCUGCAUCCCUUUUUCGCACUGUAUCUUUAUAUGACUGGGGAUAUUCUGUAGAAGAUACUGGUCCUGUCAGUUGUAUAGCAUGGACACCUGACAACUCUGCAUUUGCAAUUGGAUGGAAAUUGAGAGGACUUACAGUUUGGUCUGUAUCUGGUUGUCGUUUGAUGUGUACAAUCCGUCAAAUUGGUAUUAGUUCUGUAUCUUCUCCAAUGGUUAAACCAAACCAGGAUUUUAAAUAUGAACCUAUGAUGGGUGGAACCUCACUGUUGCAGUGGGAUGAAUAUGGAUAUAGGCUUUAUGCUAUUGAGGAAGGGUCUUCAGAGAGGAUUCUUUCAUUUUCUUUUGGAAAAUGUUGCCUUAACAGAGGAGUUUCUGGGACAACAUACAGUCGUCAAGUGAUUUAUGGUGAAGAUCGAUUGCUGCUUGUGCAGUCUGAAGAUACUGAUGAACUUAAGAUGCUACAUCUUAACCUUCCAGUUUCUUAUAUCUCCCAAAACUGGCCAGUUUUACAUGUUGUCACUAGCAACGAUGGAAUGUACUUAGCCGUUGCUGGCAUCCAUGGCUUGAUCUUAUAUGAUCUACGUAAUAAAAAAUGGCGUGUUUUUGGAGAUAUUACCCAGGAACAAAAAAUACAGUGUAAAGGGUUGUUAUGGUUGGGGAAAAUUGUUGUUGUUUGUAGUUACAUUGAUUCUUCUAACACUUAUGAAUUGCUCUUUUAUCCAAGAUAUCACCUUGAUCAGAGCUCCUUACUUUGUCGCAAAUCGUUACUUGGCAAGCCAAUGGUCAUGGAUGUCUUUCAAGAUUAUAUGCUUGUAACUUAUCGUCCAUUCGAUGUGCAUAUUUUCCACGUGAAGAUUUCUGGUGAAUUAUCACCUUCUAACACUCCCACUUUAGAGCUUUCUACAGUACGAGAGCUUUCAAUCAUGACUGCAAAGAGCCAUCCUGCUGCGAUGCGCUUCAUUCCAGAUCAGCUUCCAAAAGAAUGCAUCUCGAAGAACCUUCUUUCAUCUUCAUCAGAUUCCUUAGUUAGUCAGCCUUCUAGAUGCCUGGUAUUACGAACAAAUGGGGAACUUUCACUACUUGAUUUGGAUGACGGGCGUGAGCGGGAGCUCACAGAUUCAGUUGAAUUGUUUUGGGUUACUUGUGGUCAAUCUGAUGAGAAAGCAAACCUCAUUGAGGAAGUUGCUUGGUUAGAUUAUGGUCACCGAGGAAUGCAGGUAUGGUAUCCAUCUCCUGGUGUUGAUGCCUUUAAGCAGGAGGAUUUCUUGCAGCUGGACCCUGAGCUGGAAUUUGAUCGUGAGGUCUACCCUCUAGGGCUUCUUUCAAAUGCUGGGAUUGUAGUUGGUGUUUCCCAGAGAAUGUCAUUUUCAGCAUCCACAGAGUUUCCGUGUUUUGAGCCUUCUCCUCAAGCUCAAACUAUUUUGCACUGUCUACUGCGACACCUUCUUCAGAGAGAUAAAAAAGAGGAAGCUUUACGGUUAGCAUGUUUAUCUGCUGAAAAGCCUCAUUUUUCCCACUGUCUGGAGUGGCUACUUUUUACCGUGUUUGAUGCAGAGAUAUCAAGGAAAAAUGCAAACAAGAACCAGAACUCAGUUCCUAAAAAUGCUACAAGUGUCUCUCUUUUGGAGAAGACCUGUGAUUUGAUCAGAAAUUUUCCUGAAUAUCUUGAUGUUGUUGUAAGUGUGGCUAGAAAAACUGAUGGGCGACAUUGGGCAGAUUUGUUUGCUACUGCUGGAAGAUCAACGGAGUUGUUUGAGGAAUGCUUCCAGCGGAGAUGGUACCGCACUGGAGCUUGCUAUAUACUAGUGAUCGCCAAACUUGAAGGACCUGCUGUGAGUCAAUACUGUGCUUUGCGUUUAUUGCAGGCAACACUUGAUGAAUCUUUAUAUGAACUUGCUGGGGAGCUGGUGAGGUUUUUGUUGAGAUCUGGAAGGGAAUAUGAACAUGCAACUUCUGAUUCUGACAAACUGUCUCCCAGAUUUUUGGGUUAUUUCCUUUUCCGCCCCAGUUACAAGAAGCAAUCCUUGGACUCAAGAAGCCCCUCGUUCAAAGAGCAGAGUGCACAUGUUACCUCUGUUAAAAACAUCUUAGAAAACCAUGCAAGCUACCUCAUGUCAGGAAAAGAACUUUCCAAGCUUGUUGCAUUUGUAAAAGGCACGCAGUUUGAUCUAGUGGAAUAUCUUCAGCGGGAGCGUUAUGGAUCUGCUCGCUUAGAGAGUUUUGCUUCAGGUCUUGAGCUAAUUGGGCAAAAGCUUCAAAUGUGCAAUUUGCAGAGCCGAUUAGAUGCAGAAUUCCUUUUGGCACAUAUGUGCUCUGUCAAGUUCAAAGAGUGGAUAGUCAUCCUGGCUACCCUUUUAAGACGUUCAGAGGUUCUUUUUGAUCUUUUCCGGCAUGAUAUGCAAUUAUGGAAAGCAUACUUGACAACGCUACAGUCGCAACCUGCAUUUUCCGAAUAUCAUGAUUUGCUGAAAGUGUUAGAAGAAGAACUCUCAUCUGUGCCAAGAUCCGAGGAGAAAUAACUGGAGAUAUGGGACACACAGAUUGUAAACCAAUCAUUAUUUUGGACAAUGGGUUGGCUGUUGCUGAUGUGAAUUUUCAAGAUGGAUCAUCGCCUCUGCCAAAUAGGGUGGGACCAUCAGUAAUGAUUUUGGAGCCCAAAAGAUUUUAUAGCAGAUGCCAAUUGUGUAAAUAGCUUCAUACAAAGACGCAAAGGACCUACUCAGCCGGAAGAUGGUUUUGGCCCAAUACCAUGGAAAAUUUCUUGGUCACCAUUAUCAUUGGUGUUGGACCUAUGUUCCUGUUUCUGCAGAGUGUCUGAAUUGGUAACUUUUUUAACAAGGUAGAUGAGCCUGCUUUCGCAGGAGUUGUUUUGGUCCAAAUUUAUGUUUAUGCAUUGUGUCCUUUUUUUGUUGGAGAGCCUAAUUAGUCAGUUGCAUAGGAUAAUAGUCACAUUGGAUGUUGUAUAUAUAAAUGUAUGCUUCUGCUUUAAGGGUGUUGAU